GAUCCCUUCCUAGGUUAUCAUUGGUACACAGACAAUUCUAGCUAAUGGAGGGCUUAGGGCCGUCAAUGGGACACAUAUACUGGCAUUGGCUGCGAAACACCACUCCACACCCCUGAUCGUGUGUGCUCCCAUGUUCAAGCUCUCACCUCAGUUCCCAAAUGAAGAGGAUACUUUCCACAAAUUUGUCUCCCCACAUGAGGUGCUCCCAUUCACAGAAGGGGAGAUUCUCUCCAAAGUGAAUGUGCACUGUCCGGUGUUUGACUACGUCCCACCUGAGCUCAUCACACUUUUCAUCUCUAAUAUUGGAGGAAACGCACCCUCAUACAUCUACCGUCUGAUGAGCGAGCUUUACCACCCAGAAGACCAUGAACUCUAACCAGUGUAAAUAAAAUUAAAAUGAUUAUUGCAACACCCUGUGGCUGCUCUGUGUUUGAAAGAAAAUAUAAAAAU